GUGUGUGUGUGUGUGUGUGUGUGUGUGUGUGGUCACGAUUAACGACGCAAAAUAGUGUCGUCAUGAGCCCAAUCGCGUCGGAAUUUCUCUGGUGACGUGAGGCGGAUUAUCUUUACGCCACAAGAAGCUUUUAUUACCACUAAAGUUGCAAGUUUGCAUGUUGGAGAGCCCGCGCUACGGAUUGCUACGAGUGCGUUUUUAAUAAAUGUACUGUGCAUCAUCAACUUGCAUUUGCAGCUGAGCCACGUGAAAGAGAAUGAUUGUCAGUGGAUGCAUGUGUCUCCAUCAGUGCCAGUGUUUCUCCGUGAGUUCAGUGACGGCUGCUCCAAAUCAUUGCGCACGGCGCACCAAUUGAAUAAAGACACUCUGUCUCGGCUGUUCUCCAUCAGAGGGGUUUGAACAUCUUUUUAUGAGCACCUUAGAAAUUAAGGUAUUUGACGCGUCUGGACAGGUGUGAUUGUGAAUACGCAGCUGUAUUUUCUGCGCAUUGGGCAGGAUCGAGCUCCCGUUCCCCCGUGACGCGCGUCUGGAUGGCUGCUGCUCGCGUCUCUCUGGUUCUGCUCUGAUCCGCUCUGUUCGCGAUGGCAUCACACGGGUUUUGGUUUAUGGGUGCUGAAAACCCGGCUGGAGACGGCAGUCAAAGUCCGAACACUACCAGAGCAUGGUGUCAGGCGGCGGCCCAGAAAUUCUCCGGAGGCAUCGGCUCCAAAUUAUGUGCUCUGUUAAAUGUCGGGGAGGCUGAGAAAGCAGCCCAAGCCUCAGUUAAAGCCGAAGAUGAGUCUACAGCCGAGAGCUGCGCCUGUAAUAAACCCUGUAACUGCUCCAAAGCCACCGUGGGUUUCUCUGAUCUCUAUUCAACAGAUCUUUUACCUGCAUUGGACGGGGACGCGAAGACUCUGAAUUUUCUGCAGGAGGUUGUUGAUAUAUUGCUGGCUUAUAUAGUGGAAUCUUUUGACAGAUCAACGAAAGUGAUUGAUUUUCACUAUCCAAAUGAAUUGCUCCAAAGGAAUAAUUGGGAGCUUUCGGACGAACCCGAGACUUUGGAUGAUAUUCUGAUCAGCUGUCGCGCUACGCUAAAAUACGCCAUCAAAACUGCACAUCCCAGGUAUUUCAAUCAGCUCUCCACUGGGUUAGACAUGGUUGGCUUGGCUGCAGAUUGGCUUACAUCCACUGCCAACACCAAUAUGUUCACCUAUGAGGUGGCUCCAGUCUUCGUGCUGUUGGAGUACGUCACGCUGAAGAAGAUGAGGGAGAUCAUUGGCUGGCAGGACGGUCGCGGUGAUGGGAUAUUCUCUCCGGGUGGCGCCAUUUCCAACAUGUAUGCCAUGCUACUGGCUCGCUAUAAAAUGUUCCCUGAAGUGAAGGAGAAAGGAAUGUCAUCCGUACCCAGACUGGUGGCCUUCACAUCUGAACAUAGUCACUUUUCAAUCAAGAAAGGAGCAGCCGCACUUGGAAUCGGUACAGAAAGUGUCAUCUGUAUUAAAGCUGAUGAAAGGGGAAAGAUGAUUCCUUCCGACCUUGAGAGGAGGAUCAUUGAAGCCAAGCAGAAGGGAUACGUGCCGUUUUUCGUCAGCGCCACGGCCGGCACCACGGUUUAUGGCGCCUUUGAUCCUUUGAUCGCUAUAGCCGACAUCUGCAAGAAGCAUGAAGUCUGGAUGCAUGUGGACGGAGCAUGGGGCGGAAGUUUGCUAAUGUCCCGGAAACACCGGUGGAAGCUGAAUGGAGUCGAGAGGGCUAAUUCUAUGACCUGGAACCCUCAUAAAAUGAUGGCUGUGCCCUUGCAGUGCUCUGCUCUACUGGUUCGAGAGGAGGGACUGAUGCAGAGCUGCAAUCAGAUGCAGGCCUGUUAUCUGUUCCAGCAGGACAAGCACUAUGAUCUGUCCUAUGACACGGGGGACAAGGCCCUGCAGUGCGGCCGCCAUGUGGACAUCUUCAAACUAUGGCUAAUGUGGAGAGCUAAGGGCACUAUUGGUUUUGAGUCUCAGAUUGACAAAUGUCUGGAGCUUUCAGAAUAUCUCUACAACAAGAUCAAGGACAGGGAAGGAUAUGAGAUGGUGUUUGAUGGAAAGCCUCAGCAUACCAAUGUGUGUUUCUGGUACCUUCCACCGGGUGUGCGCAACCUGGAGGACAAAGUGGAGAAGACGAAGCGUCUGCACAAGGUUGCCCCUGUAAUCAAAGCCAGAAUGAUGGAGUAUGGAACGACCAUGGUGAGCUAUCAGCCGCAAGGAGACAAGGUCAACUUCUUCCGAAUGGUCAUCUCCAACCCAGCCGCCACCUUUGAAGACAUUGACUUCCUCAUUGAAGAGAUUGAGCGACUGGGGCAGGAUCUUUAAAAACUCACCGCACCAAAACCUGUUAUUCUUGUGUCCCUGGAUGGAUCGAAUAUUUGUUGUGAAUGUAACGGUAAAUCUUUGAUUCCUCUUCUCCAAAGUCACAUAAAGAUUUAAAAAAAAUGACAAUAUGAAAAUAUCUAGACUUUAGUAUUGUAGCGUUGUUGUGGGCUUCGUGCUCCAAAGCCCUGUAAAAGUGUUACCGUCUGCUUUUACUGUCUAUCUUAGUGUCUUUGACAUUACUUUGUUUGUUUACAUGUGUUUAAUGAAUAUGAAUAUGAAGAGUUAUUUGCUUCUAUUCAGUGCAGGUCAUAAGUUUCUAUUUGACUAGUUAUUCAAAGUGCCAGGUUUCGUUCAUAUAUAUGACUAUAUUAUAAUAGUAAAGACACAUAAUUGUCCAAAAACACUUCAUCAUAACUUAAGCUUUUGCAAUCACAGACAAUGUGUGACUUAUCUUUUAUUGAUAUGUCAAGAUUCAGAAGAGUUUUGAGCUGUUGAGUAUCGAGCGUGAUCAAUAAGUUCAUAAAUAGUUGAAGGUAAUAAAAGUAUGCGCAAAAAUAAGCACAAAUAUAAUGUUUGACUGCCUGGAAAUUGAUAUUGACAAGAGGCUGCUGAACAGCAAUUUUAUAUAAACA